UCAAACAUUUAUUGAAAAAGUAAAUAACGUGGAUUGUCACUGCCUCGAACUCUAUUUAAACCACAAGAGUGGGGUUCCUACUGAUUCAUCUGUAAGGAUCUUCACCAUGGCUUUCAAUUUCAGAGCCAUGCUGUUUUUUAUGGCUACUCUUCUACUCGUUUCAGUUAGAGUUCAAUCCAGUGAGGAGGAAGAGAAGAUUGAGAUAAAAAAGGCUAAAGUUCCAAUACCAGCUCCAACUCCAACUCCAACUCCAACGUCGGUCCCAGCGAGGUCACCCACCUCUGCACCACCAUACAAAGCUCCAGUUCCAGCACCACCACCCAAGGGUCCCACUCCUCAGUAUAAGCCCCCAAGUUCUUCUGCACCACCACCCAAGGGUCCCACUCCUCUGUAUAAGCCCCCAAGUUCUCUUGCUCCACCACCUAAGGCAGCCACUCCCCCUUAUAAACCCCCAGCUCCUGCACCAUCCGAGGCUCCUACUUCACCAAAUAAGCCACCAAAAACUGCAGCACCACCUUAUAAGGCACCCCGAACUCCCACUACACCACCAUGGAAUCCGCCAAGUCCACCGUCGCCACCUGUUAAGAAGAUAAAGGAUUGCAUCCCUUACUGUAGAAGAAGCUGCAUAUUUAGUUCAAGGACUGAUCUUUGCGUGAGACGAUGCAUGCCAUGUUGUAACAGAUGCAAAUGUGUUCCACCAGGGACAUAUAUCAACAGAAGGUGUGGCAAAUGCCCUUGAAUACCCAAAGGGGCAAGCCCAAGUGCCCUUGAAUACUCCCACACUUUCUUCAUCUUCUCUAUUUACGAUAUGCUAAAAAUGUAAUAAGUUCCCUGAAAAUGGAUGGUCAAUUCCACCGUAUGUUCUCGUUAAGCCACCUUGUUAGUUUUAUAAUUUCAUCAAAACCCAGGUUGAUUUUCCAUCUGUUAAUUAUAUAUGAAAAGUUAAACAUAUUAUUAUUAUUUAUUUGAGUUCAAAUAAUAUAUAUGCCUUUUAUGCAGCCAUAUAUAAA